GUCAGAGAAGAGAAUGUACUGGUGCAGCGACGUGGAUGACGUUGACGACGAUGGGUUUUCAUGCUCUCAAGGCCAUCGAUCUUCUUUGAACCUGCAAACGCACGAGGGCGCUUCAAUCUGCCUCGUGUGCUUCUCCAACCUCCUCUCCAACCCCCUCUCCCCCACCGUCCAUGUCUCCUACGCUCUCUCCAUGCUCUCUCGAUCCCUCUCCAUACCUCUCUUCCUUCAAUCGCUCCUCAAAUUCCACCCGCACUUCCUCGUUUCGCCUCUCGUCGCCGCCCUCUCCUCCUUCCACGACGAACCUAUCGCCGCUCAGCUCACUCACCUCGUCCUCGCCCUCUCCGCGUCCGCCGAUCCUUCCGUUUGCCGCGAAUUCGUCGCUAGGGUUUCCGAUCGCGUUUCUUCUGGUGCUCUCGGAUGGACUUCCCCUCAGUUGCACAUGCUUCACUGCCUUGGGGCUCUUCUGAAUUGUGAGAAGGAUAAUGAUCUCCAUGCACACAUAAAAGAUAUGUGUAGCCUCAUUUCUGUUCUUGUUACGGGGCUUCAUUUGCCGAGUGAGGAGAUUCGAGGGGAGGUUCUCUUUGUCCUUUACAAAUUAUCUGUUCUUCAGAGUACAUCAGCAGAGGGAGAUGGAAGUGAUAUGUUGAUUCCCUUUUGUCCUCAGAUCUUGUACCUGUUGGUCGAUGUUCUCAUGAAGACUCAAAAUGAUGAUGUUCGCUUGAAUUGUAUCGCACUUUUGACUAUGCUUGCUCGAAGACAUUUGCUCAGGGAAGAAUGUGCAUAUGAUACUAGUAACAUGUCUUCCUAUGAAGGAUUUAAUUCUAAAGAAACCGAAGAAGGAACCAAGGGCACAUCCCUGGUAAAUCUGUUUGCUGAAGCCAUCAAAGGCCCAUUACUUUCGUCAGACAGUAAAGUACAAAUCGGCGCUCUAGAUUUACUUUUUCAUUAUUUGUCUUCAGUCAGCACUUCAGGCUAUCAGAUUAGAGUCUUGGUGGAAGAAAAUAUUGCAGAUUAUUUAUUUGAAAUAUUGAGAUUGUCAGAGUAUAAGGAUCCAGCAGUCAAGAUGUGCCUUCAGGUACUAGGUCAUUUAUCAACUGCUGAGGAAACCUUUAAACUAAGACUCGUUGUUGGAAUUUCAACUCUGAUUCCAGCAUUACGUUAUGUGGCUGAAGUUCCUUUUCACCCUGUCCAAUGUGAGACGCUGAAGCUCAUUUAUGAAUGCAUUUCUGGGUGCCCCGGAUCUGUAUCAACUUCUCAACUAGAGGAACUGAUUCAGGUUUUGAUAAGAAUGCUUAGAAAACAUUCUGAUGGGGACAUGGGUAUGAUUCCUGAGACGUUUAUAAUGGUCUGCUCUGUCUUUGUGGCUCUUAUAAGAUCUCCAUCUUGUAAUGGAGCUUUAGAUCUGUCAAAACCAAUUGAGGAAGCAACGACACAUGCCAUUUUAGCUUGUCUCUCUGUCUCUGAAAGGAAUAUCAACCAAAUUUUGCAAUGUUUGUACCUACUUAAAGAGGCAUAUGCAUACAGUCAUGAUGGAAACUCCAUUAACUCUAGUAAACUAGAACUCAGAAGCGGUAUUCUAGAUUUAUGCAGAUCUCAUUUACUGCCAUGGCUUGUAUUGGGCAUCAAUGAAAUGGAAGAGGACAUUGCCCUGGGUUUGCUGGAAACUUUUCAUUCGAUACUGCUUCUGCACUCUAGUACUAAUACCACGGAAUUUGCAGAGACUCUGAUUUCAUCCGGUUGGUUCAGUUUUUCAUAUGAAUGUUUGGGUUUGUUUACAGGAGAUAGCAUGAAAAAUAGAAUAUAUUUAUUGCUUAGUUCACUCAUGGAUUCUCUCCUACAAGAUGAUUCUGGACAACCAAUUAGAGAGGCUGCUUUACACCUGCCCCGCGAUCCUAUUGAUUUACUCUUUUUGCUCGGGCAAAGGAGUACUAACAGUUUGGAUUUGCCUUCUUGUCAAUACGCUGUUUUGCUAAUCAUGUACUCCAGUUCACUAUAUGAUGAAAGACUUGCAGAUGAGAAGUUGAUUUUAGCUUCUCUUGAACAAUAUAUUCUUCUUAAUAGGGUCGAUUUUCUUAAUCAGACCACUAAUAAUUUGAUCGUGACACGACUGGUAAAUCUUUACAGUUUAUUAAGGGGUCUUGGCAAUAUGAGUUACCAAAUUCACUACAGUCGAGAAGCGGAGGAGAUAAUAUUCCAGUUCAUAAAUAAUGAUGAAUGGGAUUUACUUUCCGCAAGAAUUCACAAGGUAUCAUUGAAGUGGUUGUUUCAACAAGAGAACAUAGUCAAUUCAUUAUGCCACCAGAUUUUGAAAUUCUGCAGAAGCUAUAACUUAGAAGAGGCUGACAUAGUUAUUGGAAACAAUAAUCAAACUAUAAAUGUACAGACACUUGCAGAGUUGGUAUCAACUGAAGAUAACUACGGAGCUAGACUUUUCGUGUGCUUAUUAGCACAUCUCUUGGAGGAAGAAGGCCAGGAACAUGACAUAAUAUGUGUUCUGAAUGUCAUGGCAACUAUGGUUCAUGUCUGUCCAGCUGCUUGUGAACAAUUAUCUUUGCAUGGAAUAGCGAAAACAAUCAGGACUUGGUGUCAUUUGAGUAAUACCUUCUCGAAAACAACUUAUACGUGCAUCUUAAUUUUGGUUUUUAACACUUUGGGUUCAGUGCAUCCUGAAACACUAUCUGCCGAUCAAAUUUGGGUUGCAGUAACUAUGAAGAUGAUGGAGUAUUCAAUUCCAUCCAAAAAGGUUGAUAUCUUAAGUGAAGAAAGUCUCUUCGUUAUUGGCAUUAUUUCCUUAAUUUUGCAUCGUUCCACCACUAAAGCACUUGAAGAGACUUCAAAGGCCAUUCUUUUUAAUACUUGUAUAAUCUCUAUGGUCAACACCGUAGUCUGUGCUUCUUCUUCGAAGGGACCUGCUUUGGUUGACCACGAUGAGGGAACAAGCACCGGAGAAACUUUAAUAUUUGUUCUUUUGCUUCAUUACUUCGCCGUUAAAAGCUUGCAUGCUAUCCUACCAGAGUUUGUGGAUUGGCAAAACUUCCUUGUUUCAACGAAUCCAUCGGAGCCGCUAGCCUUCAUUGGCAUCCGUUGCCAUGACCUGUGCAGACUUCUGCAUUUUGGUUCUCCUGUAAUCAAGAUUGUUGCUUCGUAUAGCCUGUUAGAGUUAUUUAACAGAAUAUCAGACCAAAUAAACAGUAAUAAUGAAGAGUUGAAAUGUACUAUUGGGUACUUAAUGUCCACAAGGAGUAUAUUGGAAGGUUUGGUUUUCUAUAAUGAUCUGAGAGUGGCAACAAAUUGCUCCCUCUGCUUGACAAUGCUACUGGGAUGGGAAAAGCUGAGAAAGGAAACAAAUCUAUUAGAUGAGAGUAGCUGGUGUAGAUUGAUUAUAGAGGAGAUGACUGUAUCUUUGGCAGCUCCUGCUUUAGCAUCACAAUCAUUCUUGAACAGUCAAAGGCCUGCAGUACUUAUAGCUAUUGCGUUGUUGAAACUGCGUAAAAGCCCACAGUGGAUGAGAUCUGUGUUUGAUAAUUCAAGCAUAUCUGGCAUGCUGGAGAACCUUACUGCUAGUGACUUGAGCUCGGAGAUUUUGAUUUUAUUUCGAGAACUACUGAAAUCUAACUUCUUAAGUACAGAGCAAAUUGCAACUAUAAAUCAAAUGCUCCAGGAAUGCAGGAAGCGUGUGUACUCUAACAAUGCUCAAGAGGGUCUUCCAAAUGAGCCGAUAAAGAAAGUCCUCAGCGCAUCGUAUGAUAUGGGGGACAUUUGUGAGUAUCUCAUUGAUUUAAUGACAUCAGAUGCGUACAUAAAUACGGGUUCCUGGGGGUUUCAUACGGACAGUAAGAAGCUCUUAGAAGAAAUAGAGCUGUUUUUCAGUACAUUGACUGUAGAUGGUGAUAGUUGUAGGUAGCUUUCGUGUUUAUCUAAUCCAUUGGAGGCUUGGAUCCGGCAUCUAACGAUAAUGGCAGGUAUAUCUUGAAUUCAACGAAAUAAAAGAAUGAUUAUGUAAACGCAGAUAGUCUUCCAUAAAACAACUAAAAUACAUCCUUUCUGUCGUCAUUCUUCGGGACAAAGAUAGGGAUUAUGAGGAAAGAAAAAUUAUUUGACUGAAAAUUAAAAUUUUUA